AUGCAAAACAAUAUUGGAAUGGUCAAAAAACGAAGUAAACAGCGACAAUCAUGUCGAUUGGAUUGGGCUGAAUCGUCAUGGACAAGAUGGAUACAGAUACCAUUAUUAUUGUGGAUAACGCCUAUUCUUUCCUUGGGUAAUAAACGUGUGCUUGUUGAAGAUGAUCUUAGCGAUCUUUCUGCCAACGACAAAUGUUCAUUUUUAUUGAAUAGAGUGAAUCAGUAUAGUUCUAAAUGGCAAGGUACAUGGCAUGUAUUCAAGCGAACAUUUCUUAAAGAUUUUCUAAUAAGCAUACUGCUUGUUAUUCCGUUUUCUAUUGCUCGUAUUGCACAGCCAUUGCUUAUUCGUCAAAUUGUGCUCUAUAUUAAAGGUCAAUCAGGAUUACCUGCUUACACUGGUUAUCUAUGUGCUAUUGGUCUUUGCAUUUCUGCAAUUGUACAAACCAUGAUGGCCCAACAAAUUUUAUUACGAAAUACACGCAUAGGCAUGCGCAUUCGCAAUGCAUUAUCAUUUACCAUCUAUAAACACUUAUUGGCCAUUAAUACCGCAGCUCUUCACAAGACUACUGCUGCUCAGGCGAUUAAUUUAGUAGCAAAUGACGCCGGUAACUUAGUUGGAGUGAAAGGUGCCAUCGGUGCUGGCAAAUCAACCCUACUAGCUGCUAUUCUUGGUGAGAUCAAUAUUAUCAGUGGAAGACUACAACUGUAUAUUGAUUCUAUUUCAUACGCUCCACAAUCGGCGUGGAUAUUUGCUGAUACUAUUCGAGCUAAUAUUCUUCUUGGUAAACCAAUGGAUGAAGAACGUUACAACAAUGUAAUCAAGGCAUGUUGUCUUGAUAUUGAUCUACUCAAUUUCGGUGAAGUUGGUGAUUUAUUGAUGAUUGGUGAUAAAGGUAUCAAUUUGAGUGGAGGACAAAAGGCUCGAAUAUCACUUGCUCGUGCUCUUUAUGUUGAUACUAACUUAUAUUUACUCGAUGAUCCAUUGGCAGCUGUUGAUCCAAAGGUGGCAAAGAAUAUUUUUGACCAAUGCAUCGGUCCUCGUAGUUUCCUUCGUGGAAAGACUCGGAUAUUGGUUACACAUCAGACACAUUUUUUAGUUGAAGCAGAUCAAAUGAUUCUCUUGAGGAAUGGUCACAUCGAUGAAUUACAUAUUGAACAAUCUAUUGACAAUGAGUUAUCGAAUGAUAUAUCAGAAACAGACUCAUCGAACGACAGUGAGAUAGAUUGGACACUUAACAAUGCUAUAACUGAUAUAAAUUCAAUUGUAAAGAAUGAGACAUUAAUUGAUGGUGCCAUCAAGUGGAGUGUUUGGAUACAACUGUUUACUUCACCACCUUUACGUUGGUUUGGCUUUUUUCUUAUGAUAAUUUUUAUGCUUAGUAAUGAAGCUCUGUACGACUUUACAAAUACUUGGCUUUCUCUAUGGUCUGGUAAAGAUGAGAGUGAACAACGUUCCUCAUUUUAUGCUUACGUCUAUCUUGGAGCUAUAUUUGCUACAUUCAUCAUUGCAUUGAUACGUACCGGCUGUAUCUUCUAUAUCAUGUUGAGCGGUUCAACCCAUUUUCACAAUCGAAUGCUCAAAGGUAUCUUGUAUACUUCGUUACGCUUCUUUGAAAGCAAUCCAAGUGGACGAAUAUUGAAUCGAGCAAGCAAAGAUCAACAAGUGUUAGAUGAAUCAUUACCUCUGGCUUUAAUUGAUACUAUGCAAUAUUUACUAAUGACUCUCGGUUCCAUUGCAAUCAUUGGAAUGACCAAUCCAUGGGUGCUUCUAAUUCUCAUUCCUUUGGUGCCUACAGUUUUGUGGCUUCGUAGAAUUUACAUUCGUUUGAGUCGUCAACUCAAACGACUUGAAAGUGUAAAGCGUAGUCCAAUUUAUGCCUUGUUCUCGUCAUCGUUAGACGGACUUACUAGUAUUCGUGCGUUUGAUGCUCAAGAUGAUUUUUUGAAUAUGUUCAUGGAAAGAAUCGAUGCCAAUGCACGAGCUUACUUCAUUCUCUUUACCACUGCUCGUUGGUUCGGUUUAUGGCUUGAUAUUAUAAUAUCCAUACUCAUAUUAGUUACUUCUAUUCUUGCAGUAGCUUUGCGCCAUCAAAUCGAUCCAUCGGCAGCAGCACUCAGUAUCAGCUAUUGUAUCAAUUUAACAGGUCUGUUUCAAUGGUCUAUGCGACAAUCAGCCGAAGCUGAAAAUUUCAUGACCAGUGCAGAACGUAUUCAUGAAUAUGGUCAACUAGUGCCAGAAAGCCAUCAAAAUAGUAAUAAAAAUGGUGUACUCAUUCAACCUGCAGAUGAUUGGCCGUCUCGUGGUAUUAUCGAAUUUAAAGACUACACUUUUCGCUAUCGACCAGAACUCGAUCCUGUGCUCAAAAAUCUUAAUCUACGAAUUGAAUCCAAGGAAAAGAUUGGAGUUAUUGGUCGGACAGGUGCCGGAAAGUCAUCACUUCUUCAAGCUCUCUUUCGAUUGGUCGAUCAGUCAGCAAUCAACGGAACAAUUCUCAUCGACGAUAUCGAUAUUGGACGUCUUUCACUUGAUCAUCUUCGUUCUCAUCUAAGUGUUAUUCCACAAGUACCGAUACUAUUCUGUGGUACACUUCGAUACAAUAUUGAUCCAUUCGAACAAUUCUCAGAUGAGGAAUGUCUUACAGCACUUGAAGCUGUUCAACUCAAACCAUUAGUAUGCAAGCAUCCCGAUGGACUCCAUAUGUUGCUAAUGGAAUCAGGUACUAAUUUGAGUGCUGGUGAACGCCAAUUGGCUACAGCAAAUGUUGAUUAUACGACCGAUAGGAUGAUUCAAGAGGUUAUUGCUGACAAGUUUCGUGAUCGUACCAUAUUGACGAUUGCACAUCGAUUGAAUACAAUAGCCAAUAGUGAUCGUAUUCUUAUGUUACAACAGGGAGAAGUGGCAUAUUUUGAUGUUCCUAAUAAUAUUGAUCUAUCUCAAAGUGAUACACAAAACUAA